UAUUUACUUUUAUAUUGUGGGGAAUAGAAUCCGAAUUGUGAAUAAAGUAUAUUGGUAUUAUAAAGUUUCAUUUCCAACUGAAAGGAUGAAAUUUGGUAGAGGGAUCGUGAGAUCUAACAGACGGUGACAUCAGAUUGCAUUCAGAAAUCUAUUUUCGUCAUGAUAUCCACCAUCAUUAGUAUAUUUUCUUAUUUAAAAUGGUAUAUUAGACCGGUAGUGAAAUGGUUUUUAAGAAAAACAACUAGAUUAUGUGAACUACAGAGAAUAUGUUAUGGGGAAGAAUUUGGUUUCAGGCGAUCGAGCAAAAUUGAGACUUCUCUGAGCUUAUCUCGUACCAAGGACAUACUGCAGAUGGUUCAACAAUUAAAUAAUUUGUCUAUGCAAGGAAGAUUUGUAGAUAAAGCCAUGAAAAACUGUGUUGAAUAUGCUGUGAAACUUACUAUAGAUGUUAAAGACAUAAAGCCGACUUUUCAUAUGCGGUUUAUUAACAAUUACAAAAUUUGCCUUUAUCAAAUUUAUGGGUACAAGCAACUACUCCAUGAAGUAGAAGUUUUACGGAAAACACCAUAUUCUUCAGAAAACAAAGAACAUGAGGACAAACUGCUUAAGUUAUGGUCUUUAUUGAAUCCAGACAAACCGUUACAGAACCGAAUCUCGAAGCAGUGGACAGACAUUGGAUUUCAAGGUGAUGACCCCAAAACAGAUUUUCGUGGAAUGGGAGUGUUAGGAUUAGAGAAUUUAUUGUAUUUUGCCACAGAACAUUCAGAGACUGCCCGACAUGUAUUGCUUCACUCAAAUCAUCCCACUUAUGGGUACUCCUUUGCAAUUGUAGGUAUUAAUCUCACUAGUAUGGCAUAUGAUUUGCUUAGAAAUAAAACUCUUCAAGUUCAUUUUUAUAACAGUGUGAAAGGAAAGCCUAAAAUGAAUGAUUUUCAUUAUGUAUACUGUUACCUUUUUUAUGAAUUUGACAAAUUUUGGUUGUCAGAGAAGCCACGAGACAUCAUGGAAUUCAGUAGAAUAAGAGCUAAAUUCCAAGACAAUGUUUUAAAACUGCUUCAAAAUCCUAAAGCACAGCUAAAGUUGAGUUUCUUGAUUAAAAAUUUGUGAUUCAAUUAGAAUGCAACUUUAUUAUAUUUAAUCAUUUUUAAAACAUUAUUUGGUACUUAAAACCUUCUAUAGCAUUUGUAAAUUUUUCGAUAAUUAGCCUCUCCCUUUGAAAAUAGCAAUUAUACUUAAAUCACCCAUCACAUUUAGUAUUCCUAGCAUAUUUCCACACUGCAAGAAGCUGAAUUGUUCGUCCAUUCUUUAAUAUAUAAAAUACAAAAUGAAUAUUUAUUUUUAAAGUAAAAACUUAAUAAGAUUUGAUCUAGAUCACAGAAAUUUUGAAUGAAAUUAAAAUGUAAAAGAUAAUGAUAGUAAAGUUCAUUGAUAGAUUUUACUAAAUAUGUUUUUCCAUAAUCCAUCUGUGGUUAGUGAAUCAAUCAAUCUAUGGUUUUAUGCACAUGCACCUUCAAAAAUGUUAGAAAAUUUUCUUUCAACAAAUAAUGGUCAUUACUAAAAUAAAUUUAUUGAAAGAAUUCAUUGCUAUUAUAUAAAUAAAUAAUAGAAAAUAUUUGAAAUCCAUAAUUUUGUAAACAAUCAAAAACUUUUGCAUUUUUUAUGCUUCUUGAUAUAGGACUGUUGAUUAUAUUGCACUUUCUGUUAAUCAGCUUGUAGAUAACAUUGAUCAUUUACUUAUGGAGAAAGAAAAUGAGUUGUGAUACUUAAGUGAUAUAAGUGCAUUCAUGCACUGUUUUAUUUUCGAAGGAAGCUUGCAUUUCCUUGUUAACAUUGCAUAAUAAAUUUGCAUAAAAGUCUUAUUUGUUGUGAUUUCAAUCUUAAUCAGUUAUUUUAUAAAUGUGUAUUAUCAAGGUUUGAUAUACACAGAAAAUUUAUCUCCUUGAAUAAUUACAUAUUUCAAUAAUCUUUUCAGAUUAUUGAACAUUUCCAUAAUAAAAUUAUCAAAAAAGGUUAUAAAGACCACAUUUAUUAAUCUGUAAAAAUUUGUUAUAUAUAUAUUUUUUUUACAUAUUUCUUUUUUAUUAAAUAAUAUAACAAUUUAUUCCCAGAGAAUCCAAUGUUAGUUUUACAUAAUUAAUUAAGAAAUUAAAAAGAAAUGUGGAAUUUAUGUUAACAUUCCGUUUCAGUAAACUGUGAAUGUAAAAUACUUUAACUUUACUUUCUAAAUUUAGAAUAAAGGUUUUCAUGUUGCACUGAUAAUAAAAAAAAAAAGUUUAUACAUUUGAUUUGAAAAAUAUGGAAAUUUUUGAGUUUUUGUAAUCUUGAAAAUUAAAAAAAAUUCUAAAGGAAAUAAUUAAAUUGUUUUAAUCUUUACUGCCAUGCAAAAUAAUUUCAUAGAUAUGUCUGGGGAAAUUUUUUGAAUCGAUUUGAUUUAGAAAGUGUUGUAAAUAUUUAGUUGUGAAAUAAGAACCAAACUGAAUUUGAUUUCUUGGUUCUAUAAAUUGAAUAAUUUUAUAUGUAUUUUAAAACUGAAUACAAGAUGUAAAUAUUUUUACUAAAAUGUAUUGAUGGCUUCAUAAUUAAUAUUGUGAUGAAAAAAGCAUUUACCAUUUAUCAUGCAUUACAACUGCAAAAACAAUAACAACCGUGCUUUAUAUAUAGUUCGAUUGAUUUAAGAUUUUAAUAGAUUUUCAGCAUUUGAACAUUCUUUUAUAAUCAAAGUUCAGUAUUUUGGAUUUUAGAAAUUCCAUAAAAUUACAAUUAUGUUUUAAAAAGAAGAAUUUAUGAUAAAAGUUACUUUAUAAAACUUACUUUGAUAAAAGUUAAAAUUUAAAUGGAUGCAAAAAAAGUGGAAUAAAAAGCAUAUGAAUUGAAUAAAAAUUCAUUUUUGGAAUAUUUUGUGCUAUAUUCGCAAAAGUAUAUUUCUACAAUUUAAAUGAAUUAUUCAUGAGAUUUUAAAGUUGGUAAUCAGUAUAAGUGCAUUGUGGCUGUAAUACUGGUAAUUUCUUUUAUCUAUCAUUUUAUACUUUUUUAAAUGAAUACUAUAUAUAUAUAAAAUGUAUGUAUAAUUUUAUAUGGAAAAAUUUAUUGAAAUUUAUGAUUUUUAUGAUUGACCAUAUUAUAAUCACAAAUAGCAGAUAUUUUCAAGUAAUUAUAUCUUAAUAUGUUGCCUGAGUCAGUUUAAUGAUAGAGUCUUUUACUUAUCCAACAUCAAUAAUUAUUCUGCAAAUUUUCAUUAUAUCAUUUCAUACAUAUAAUUUUCUUACUUUUUUGCUGUUUGGCAUUAAACUAAAACAGAAUAGACAUAUAAGAUAUUAUUAAUGUAUUUCUGUUGACAGAUUUUUUCCUUUCUUUAAUAUUUUUAAUCUGUGUUUCAAAUGGAAAAAAAAAAGAACUAAAUAAAUUGUAAAUCGAAUAUAUGCUUAGUUAUAAUUGUACAUAACAUGAAAAUCUUAAAAUGUAGAUUUGCAUAAAAUCAAUAUCACUAUUGUUAUCAUUCCAUUUAUUAGAAAUCCUCAAGGAAAUAAUUUUAUUUAAAUUUUAUUAAAGUGUUAAUACUUCAUAAAUGCUUAAUGCUGGAUUAUUCUUUUAUGUAAUUCAUUUUCUUCCCUUUUAAUCUUUCACGCAAUACUACAUCUGAAUUCACGAUUAUUUAAUCAUUUGAGUUUAGGACUAAUUUAUAAAAUGUGUAAGAAUUUAAGUUUUCUACUUAUCUUAGCAAAUUUGCUUACAGCCAUUUUUUAUUUUUAUUUUUCACUUAAAAAGGAAUUGUUCUAGUGAAUUAUUCUUUAUUUCAGUGUGCAAAAUGUGUGACUUAUCAAAAAUUUAUUAACUGUUCUGUAAAUAUUUCUACUUUUUGUAAACUUAAUAUUUGAUGUUACAAAUAUCACUGUCUUUUGAAAUAGGCUUUUUUCAAUUAUCAUCUAAUCUAAUAUUCAAAUUUGGUUUUCGAACUGCAAGUUACUCGCAGCACUUGAUAACAUGAGCUGAAUUUCUUCUUAUUUCCAUGUGUAUGCACUUUAGAGAAAUAGUACAUAAUGUUUUCUAUUGAUUAUUUUAUAAUAUGCUUUAUGUACAAAUGUAAUUUCCUUGUAUAACCAUGCUGAUAUGUAAAUUUUGUGAUGUAUGUACUUUUGAGUACUAGUCAUUUUCUAUCUAUGCAUAUUAUUCAAAUAAAAUAUUGAUAUUU